CUGCAAGAGCCAAGGGACACAAAAAACACCUUUUUCAUUUUCUUUUACCCGCUUUCACUUGAUGAUCAUCAGUUUAUGUGCGUCGGUUUUGCGCAAGAUGACAACAGAGCUAAAAAUACUAACUAAAAAGUAUUAAAUCUGCUGGUUUAAUCAGGCACAAUUGUGUUUUUGACCAUCUCCUGGCGCAGGAGUCGCAUAGGAUGCCAUACAAUCCUAUAGGAAGGGACCCUCGCAGCUUUUCAGGCAAUUACUCCAAACAAGCCAGAAGGACGUAAUUUCUUUAUUUUUAUUUAUUAAAAAGAAAUCUUUUUCGAUUUAAACAACAAUGGAUGAAGGCGGUGCCGGCGAGACCAUCCCGGAUCUGAAAGACAUAGAAGUGAAGAUUGGACGGAAGACGCCGGAGGGUUUGCUCAGGUGGAUGCGGGAGGACGCGUCAUCGCUCCGGGGAGACGUAAAGCCGGGCCCGCCUCACGACUCCAGCAAGGACACGGGGAUGAAGAGUUUGGAUGAAAAGAUCAGGAAAUUGAAGAUGGAAAUGGCUCAUUUACGCUCGGUGGAUGUGAAGAUCCUGCAGCAGUUACUGGCAGUCCACGAGGGCAUCGAGGCGGUGAAGUGGCUGAUGGAGGAGCGCAGCACGCUGACCAGCCACUGCAGCAGCCUGACCAGCAGUCAGUACAGCCUGGGCGAGGGCCCCGACACCUCCUGGAGAGGCUCCUGGAGCAGCUUGCAGGACCCCACCAACGAAAAGCUGGACAACAUCUCCAUCGGCAGCUACCUGGACACCCUGGCAGACGACAUGGACGAGUACUGCCCCUCCAGCUCAGAGUCUGUCAUUUGCUCCGCCGCGCCACUGGCGUCAGAGGCUUCUGCCGGGGUUCGUGUAACGGGAGGACCCGGGGUCACGGCGGCCUCGGCCAGGACGUGCUCCGGAGCCGGGAUUCGGUCAGGUAACGGCGCCGGAAGUGGGAUUCGGUCGGGGGUAAACUACAGUGUGGAUGGAAAUGGGACGGAGAUGAGAGGUGGACCGGAGAAUGGAGUUAGCAGCGUUACCACCGGGACCGAGCUCAGUGGGACCGGAGCGGGAAAAGCAGCAGUUUCCGGCGUCAGCUCCCUCCAAGCCAGGUCUGAGAGCGCCAAGCAAGAAGCUCCUGUCCGGAGUAAGCCUACGGAGACGGAUAAGGGAAGUCCUCUCUGCAAGGAAAACACCCAGAAACACCCCAUUAAGGCCAACGGUGUCCCGGAGAAACCGACAACGCAAACGGGAAGUCCAACUCGUGCAAAUCUAAGUGAAAAACUGGGAACGAGCCAGAGCCCCAAACUCAGACCCUACAGAAAUGGAAAGAUCGACUUGGAUACGUGCAAAAUGAACGGCAAAAGGCAUCUGGAGUAUGAUGCUCACUGGCGCUGGGUGCAGUCUCAAGAAGAUGUGACAUUUUUGUAGGAAAGAGGGGGAUAAACGCACUAUUGAACAGUCUCCCUGACAUCAACGACUCGAUCGAGUAAACCACCCUGUAAAAUGCACAGACGAGGCAAUUCCUCAGUGACAAACACUGGGUUUGAUGGACAAUAUCAUGUUCAUACAUUGCUCCUUCCUGUGAUUGCACUAAGUAGAAAACGAUGUCAGUAUGAUGAUAUAUGCACAUCACCAGACUUUGACCAUAUUUAACUAAACAGGGCCGCUUAGGGGAGGAACAAGAAAAUCAUUUUUAAAACCUUGUGUUAUAUUUUUUCUCAGGAUGUUUCCAACAUGCCCUGAUUUUAUUUUAAUUUAUUAAAACGUUUAUUUUAUAUUCCCUUGGAAAGUAAGCACAGUGUUAUGAUCUGCCAGGGAGCUGAAACACGAUUGUGAGAUGUUUAAAUUUUUAAAAAGACUCAUUUUAUACAAAUAAGUAUCCCAUACUGAUUGUCAUUUACUUUUCACAUGCUGUUGGACUUUAUUAUGUGGGUUCCUCCGCAUGGCAGUGUGAUUCCUCAACAUUUUGAUGAUUUAACCAAUCAAAUCAAAUGAAAAUGAACAUCAUCAAGAUGUGUGGAACAGAUGGGAAAUUAUUUCCAGGAAAUUUUUCAUUUCAAACGGUUUUAGAGUAGGAGACAGACAUUUCUGUAGAAAUGCACCAGUUUUUGUUGGAUCAAUCAAAACAUUUGAGGCAGCAAACAAAAUCUAACAUCACAAACAACAUCAUCCUGCCGAGCAUGCACAAUGUUAAGAAGUUAAAGAUUAAGAAGCUGGAAAUAAAGCCAGUAGAGCUAAGUUAAUGUAUGUUGUCGAUGAUGACGACUCUAAAAGAAAGAUCUGGUUCCGGCAGGUCAGAUCUUUGAUAAAUAAGCAACUGGAUUCUGGAAAGAAACUUUAAAUUGGUGCAUCUGGUGCUUUUCUACAUUUCUGCUUUUACUCGAGCGACCCUUGAGUUGAGAAUGACUGCUUCUACAAAACGGCUCAGAUGAUCCAAAAUGUACUGCGUUUAAAAUAGUAGAAGCGCCAUAAAGCCAAACCUCUCCUCUCACAUUUGAAAUGAUCAUUAAAAUGUAUCGUAUAGACUUAUUUAUGGACUAUAUAACUGAGAUCUUCCAGUUUUUGACAGUAUUACUCAGUCAGUGUUAACAAAAAAAAAGUGAAAUGCAAAUAUUAAAAACAGUAUUAUUGUCAAAUUUGUGAGCGUGUUUCCCCCCCAAAUACUCCCCUGAACAACAGUAGGUGAUGACAUCAUUGCCACAGAAGACAAAGCACAGAUGUUAGUCAAGGUUUAAUGCACUGAAACGUUUGUACGGCAGCAUUACGUGUGUCUUUUGGUGCAACCGUCUGCGAUAUUGUAAAUUCACUAAAUCCAUUCGCGGUCGCUCUGAACUGCUAGUACUAGUUGUGACCAAUUGUAUGCAACUCUUGAAUAUGGCAACGUUUUUCCUUUCCUUUCAACAAUGCCUUGUGUCUUUUCCCCUUAGAGGGCUGCAGUGUUGUCAUGAUAGCCUGAAUGUUUAAGACAGAUUUGUAUUAUUUUUAAAUCCCUGGGCCCUGCUUGUGUGUUCAAAUGGUUCGCACCGGCCGCGUCUCCGCUCUUCAGUGUCAACUGAUAAAUCUGUUAGUGCUGCCUGGGUGGAUCUUGCAUGCUUUAUGAUGAAAGCUUUAAUAGUUGAUUUGUGAGAAAUGUGCAUCAGACCAACACAAGAAAAAGCAAAAAAACUUUGAAAGUCUGGUUACUGGCUUACAAAAGCUCCUCCUUUCUGAAAAUUCAAUUUAGCAAUAGCGUCUGUUCUUCAGUAGAUGUCAAUAAUACUGAGAAAUUGGUGCCUGUCCAUGUGCACAUGCAAACGGAGAGGCAGAUUCAUGGCUACUGCCCCCCCGAUGAGCACAGCUGGCCUGACGGAGUCGGGUAAGAAUAGACGACUCCUGAAAGGUUUUCAUCAUCGGUCUUGACUCAAACGUGACAGCGUUACUACUCUCGUCAGUCUGCUGAUAGUUGAUGUCAUUGAUCCCAUUUAAAUGGAGAGGAACAUUAUCUGUGCAUGCCGUUCAAGCUACGAUUAAGCUCCUUGUAAAAUGUUGAUAUGACGUAACCUUAAGACACGAUUCUUAACGUACACAAUUCGUUAAAUGCAGACUAAUGAGACAAAGUUAAUCUUUUGCAGUUGAUAAUAGUUUUAUAAGUGAAAUGAAGACAAUGUUCUUAGCUUCCUCAAUUACGUAGUUGCUUCAGAGAGAAUAUAAAAACGGUCUUGAAUAUUCUCCUUGUGGCUUUAAAGGAUGCAGCUUAAGAAAAACUAUUAGAGAAACUUGCUGAAGUGUAACGGCACGUGCACAAAAAAUGUUAUUAGUAGGAAACAACAUUGCUUUGUUUACAUUCUGUGUAUUUUAUGCCAACAACUUCCUGUGUCUCCAAAAUGUGCCUAGUUUGUGCAUCUCUCUGAAAAUCCCAAAUCCUUAUUUUGCAAAACGUAACAUUGAACACAUCAUUUAAGAACAGUAGCUGCUCUUAUUUUCAGCUGCAUUUAUUUAAAAAAGGAUAAUUCAUAGAGAAAGGUAGAAGAGACACGAGGUAUUUGCAGACGUGCAGCUCUGUGACAUCUCCGCCUGCUGCUGUGGGGUCAACCAAAUGUGCUGCCGUUCUGACUAUGGCCUCAUGGGAUUUUGCUCCCUGCAGAAACAAGCCCAACUUUGCAGAAAAAAAAUUUCUUAAGAGACAGAAAAGUGUUUAAAAUUUAUCGACAAAGUCUGCACUUGGCAACAAUGAUAAGACAAUUAUUUUAUUAUCUUACAAAGCAGAGGGGUUUUUUUUUUCUGCCAAACAAUAUAUUUUACUCAUAAAGCAAAAGGUUUUGAGAAUACUGACUUGGAUCACAUUGGGUGGAGACCGUGGAGGUCAGCCUAAGGACAAAAUGAGGUGAAAAAUUGUGAAAGCAUGACAGGCUGCAUAUUUUAGGCUUAUGCCAACAUUUUUGGAAUUUCUUUUAUUUUUUUUUUGCCAUGAACCACAGAGUUCUUUAAAAAGGAUACCGUUAUGUAGAAAUAACUGAGACACAACAGUCUUAUAAGUAAAUAUACAAAGAGCAGUACUCUUAUUUCGGGUAAGUGCAACUACUUGGGAGCAGUAAUUACAUGCAGAAGCUGCAAAACGCUGUUGUAACUUCCACCACCAGUGAGGCAGGAUAGUGGCCAGCAGCUGAUAUGAUUGAUAACUAUGACUGAUGAUGACAGAUGAAUAUCUUUCAGAGCCAGAUCAGUAGGGGAUUUCAGACUGGGUUAUUGGAUGUACGGAGAAGAGAGUUGCACGUACCCUUUUAGUAAAUGGUUGAUGACAUCUAAGCUGAUUCCCCAAAAUGUUGGCGUAUGCUUUUUCAGUUCUGGGAAGAGUUUAAAUGUCACAUAACCAGAUUACUGCCCAUAUUGUGGUAAAAAGACCUGCUAAGACAUGUGUUGCUGUCUGAGCUGUAUGGGAUAUUGUAUAAUUUAAGAGUUGGCAGAUCCAGCGUGCACAAAUAUAAAACAACUACUACUUCUUUUUUAACUGUGCACCAGCAGAUACAUGUAACAUUAACAUCUAUUCAUUUCAACCACUCUAGUGGUUCUGCCGUUCUCCUCCUGCAUCUCUUUUCACCCCACUUCUCACCACCACAGUAGUUUGAUGGAAAUAUUCGGCUUGUGCCAACAAAACACAUCACGUGUGCACAAUAGCCCCUCACUGGAGACGGCACUAUAAAAGCUGGCACCAAAGAAACAAGUGGCCCAGGAAAGCAGCUAAAACUUGACCCUGAACUCAAAUAGGAAAACUGUCUCCCCUCUUUUGUCCUUAAAAGUGAGAACAGUUCGUCUAUAUCUUUAGACACGGUUAUGGCUGUAGCUUCCAACCACAGCACAGACACGAACUUGCAGGAAAACUCCUUUUUCUUUUAACAUAUGCGCUCGUUUGUGGUUUUCGUCCCAACUGAGCUGAGGCAUAUGGAAAACAUUUAGCGCAGUGAACAGACCUGUAAAACGCAUUACAUCAGCCUAUAGUGCGUCUUUCUGGGGGAUGUACAGAUGCCCGUGAUGGUUUAAUGUGCUUUUACUUAGCACAUCCAGUUUUAAAUAGCAACAUUAACAUUGUUUUAACCCAAGUUUUGUUCCAGUUUGAUUUACCACUGACAGUUGAGGUUUCAGGGGGAGCAGCUUGUGGUGUAAUUUGGUCUGAAAAAAAAAAAACCUUUCAGGCUAAACUGAGAUAAAUGUCUCUUCAUUUUAAUGGCUGUUUAAAAAAAGGGUAAGAAAGCAAAGACGAC